AUGUUGGUCUCUUUCUCAUUUGCCCACAAAAUAAUUCCAUUGGUAUCUUUCAGGAUUGAAACAGUGGGACUUGUUUUGGGGACAAAUGUUUUCGGACAUUAUUAUGGAACACCAAAACCAGUGGAGGAUGACGAAAUGGUAAACGAUCCAAAGGGACCAUUACCUCCCAAUUGGGAGAUUGCUUACUCUGAUCAAGGUGAAAAAUACUUUGUCGAUCAUAACACUGGCACAACGCAAUGGGAAGAUCCACGGGAUUUACCUGAUGGUUGGGAAAAAGUGGACGAUGGCAUUUAUGGGACAUUUUAUGUCGAUCACGUGAACAGACGUACCCAAUAUGAACGUCCGUCCAGUUCAUCACUACAAAAGGUUACCGAUGUGAUAGUACCGUCACAUUCCUAUGCAUAUGCUAAUAAUCAUGAUGCAAGCAGUAGUACGAAGACCCUUCUAACUAAUAAUGGUACAGGAUCAAGAAGGCACUCAACUCUUUACAGCAAUCAUUCAUCACCAUCUCAUACUGCUGGAUCUGUUUACAGUUUCACAAGAGAUCCAUCUCAACUUCGUGGUGAACUUAUAACAACACGUAUUGUCAAAGGACCAAAAGGACUUGGCUUUACAUUAAUCGGCAAUGAUGGCAGUUCAUUGCAGGAUGAAUUCUUGCAGAUUAAAAAUGUGAUUGUUGGCGGACCCGCUCAUCGAGACGGCGUUUUGCAAAUGGGUGACGUCCUCGUAUACGUUAAUAACGAAUGCGUCCUGGGCGCAUCGCAAUCCCACGCCUGUCAUAUAUUUCAGUCAAUUGGUGUCGGUGAACUUGUAACAUUACAGAUUUGUCGCGGUUAUCCACUACUUUUCGAUCCCACAAAUAAGAUUGUUACUGAGAAUGCGUAUGUUACACGAUCAGACGAUGUGAAAGAAAUUAUUAUCAAUAAGGGUAGUGAUGGUUUCGGAUUCACGAUUUUCGAAAGUAUACAGGGGCAGCGAGUAAAAAAAAUCUUAUAUCCGGAAAGGUGUGAGAAUUUAUUGGAAGGUGAUACCCUUUUGGAGAUGCGAACUACAUAUCCCCACGGAAAUCCGAAUUGCCCAGUGGGUGAGGAGCGUAUUACUAAUUUCCGAGGGAUGCCACAUCAUGAAUUGGUUUCCGUCCUGAGGGAAUGUCCUGUUGGAUUCUGGGCCAAAUUGAUUGUAAGGAGGAAUUCACCGAAGCACAGAUCUCGCACUCCGUCAGCAGCAUUUCGCUACGGUGAACAGAGGCCUAGCCCAGCACCAACAUUGAUGCCAAGGUCCAAAACCCCAGCACCACAUCCUCCGCGACCAACUAAAGCUUACCUUCAUCCUUCUGCAUUGCUGCCUGCAACUAGUCAGGGCGUGGUCGUAUCAAACGGUGGAAUAACCAGUGCCCAUGCGUCUGGAAAUACGAUUCCAAGGCAAUAUGAGCGGCGUCCAAAUGAGGAUAUUUAUGAGAAUUUCUCGAAUUUGCGGCCUUCAUCGACAAGUUUGGGAUUCUCAACGCCUAAUUAUAUGCCAAUGACUGCAAUCGCUACUUCGAGUGUUGAAAUAGUAACAGUUAAUCUAAUCAGGAAACCAAAUGGAUUUGGUUUUCGAGUCGUCGGUGGAACUGAAGAAGGGACAAACAUUACAGUCGGUCAGGUGGUACCUGGAGGUGCUGCAGCGGACGAUGGUCGUUUACAUCAAGGAGAUGAAAUUAUUGAAAUUGGUGGUAAGAAUGUUGAAGGCGAAAGUCAUGCAAUGGCUGUGCAAUUGAUGCAAAAAGCAGCUGCCAUUGGACACGUCAAAUUAGUUGUUCGUCGUCCUAAAACUGGAGAUUUGUCACGUUCAACAUCUGCUCCAGUUAAUCAGUUGAAUGCGACCUCUGCUACCUAUGAUGUUAUACUGAAUCGAAAUGAUGGUGAUAGUUUCGGUUUUGUUAUCAUAUCUUCCAUCAAUAACAACGGAAGUACUAUCGGAAGAAUAGUGGAGGGGUCACCAGCAGCUCUUUGUGGUCAGUUGCAAGUGGGCGAUCGAGUAGUAGCCGUUAAUGGUAUUGACAUUAUCAAGUUACCCCACAAUGAUAUUGUUACGCUAAUUAAAAAGUCUGGUUUAUCAGUAAGGCUGACAAUAUCGCCUUCUUCAUCAUCAGGCUUUCUCUUAGGUUCUUCAACAUCCUAUUAUUCAACCUCACAUAUUGGACCGACUACUGCUUAUGGACGUCCUUCCCAUCCUUCUUAUUACACAAAUCAAUUUGGUCCAUCUCAUAGUCAAUCAUUUGAUGUUCCUCAGUACAGAUACCCGGCCGGAAAUGGUUACAUCACCAGAACAUCACCGAUACCUCCAGAAGCGGAACAAACACUUAUAAAUGUGGAAUUGAAUCGUGGACCGAAAGGUUUCGGUUUUUCAAUUCGUGGUGGACAGGAAUUUGACUCGAUGCCAUUGUUCGUUUUGCGAAUUGCGGAAGAUGGACCAGCAGCUUUAGAUGGCCGUUUAAAAGUUGGCGAUCAACUGAUGGAAAUUAAUGGACAAUCGACACGUGGUAUGACGCACAGCAGUGCAAUCCAAAUCAUCAAACAAUAUCCUAUUGUUAGAUUAUUGGUUAGAAGACCGCACGGUUUCUAA